UAUUUUUGAAGAUGAAAAGGAAGGUGGCCAAAGUUGGAAGGUUAAGACUGAGUCCCAAUGAAGAAGCUUUGCUUUUGAAAGAAGAAUAUGAAAGAAGAAGAAAAUUAAGGCUGCAGCAGGUUAGAGAGCAGGAGAGAAAUAUUGCUUUACAAAUAAGGCAAGAUGUUAAGCAACGAAGAGACGAGCAGUUGCAACAGCUGGCGGAAGAACUGAAGGCGGAGUGGCGGAAAGCACAAGAGGAGAAGAUUAAAACCUUAGAAAAGCUUUACCUGGCAAGCCUGAGAGCUAUAGGAGAAGGGCACAGACAGGCAAAAGAAAACAAACCUGAUCUGGAGGCUGCAGAAAAGCAAAGGGAAAGGAAACAAAGAGCAGAAAGGAGGCAUAAAGAAGCCCUGAAGGAGCAGAAGAACCAAAAACAGAAGCUGCAGAAGGAGCAAACAUGGAGGGCAAAUGCACGGAAGCACGCGUUAAGAGUAGAGAAAGAGAGAGCAGCCAAGAUUGCAAGCCUGCCUCCACCUCCACCCCAUCCUUUUGAAAAUAUUGAGCUGAAGAGCAUGCCUACGGUGAAGGUCUAUGGUGGUGACAGUUUUGCGGUUAGUCGUCACCACUUCUUUGACCCAUAUGUGGAUAGAGAAAUGGACACAGAACAGCCAGAUGCUCGGCUGCUUGCGGAAGAGGAAGCCAAACGGCAAGAAGGACUGCAGAGUGAAGAAGAAAGGGAAAAGAGAGAACAACUGGAGAAGGCUCAUCUGAGAGGCAAGCAAGCCUUGAAGAUGGUUCGCCUGGCACGAGACAGGGAAAAGCUGAUGAAUGAGCUUGAACGGAUGCAGAAUAUGGACCUGGCACGUCGAAGACAGAUAGUUGCGCAGAUGCCACCUCAGCUGUUUGAACCGGGCUACAGACGCGAGGAACUGCGGGAAGAAUGGCAGAGAGAGCUGGAGUGUGCUUUUGAAGACAUGUAUACCGGAGAGCGGAAAAUGAGAGGAGACCUCAUUCUGCACCUUGACCCACAGCCUUUGCCGACCUUGUCUGAUCCCUCUCAGGAUGAUGAACUGGAUCUUUCCCAGGAGCCAGGGGAUGCACCAUUGAAACAGGGGGAUGAGCAGGAUACAGAGCCAGGUGCUGAAGUAGAAAAGGCACCCAAGACUCAUCCACAAUUAGCUUUAAAAAAAUUGCUAAGCAAGAUCAGGAAUCAAAAAGACAACUGGACGGCGAGACAUGAGACGGCAGCUCCUAGUGAGACAGACACCAUUGAGUCAGGAACGAUUUCUAGUAGAGAAAGGAGAGUGUGUGAAUCAGAACUUGAGGAUGAACCAAACCGUGAUCCUUCUUCUGAAGCAGCUGUGGUGCCAGAAAUAUUGGACCAAACUGUUGUUGCUGGAAACGUGGGUGUAAGGCACUCACAAGAACAACCAACCAACACGGGAAAGGAAGUAGAAAGGCAAAAGCAGAUGGAGUGGUUGGAGUACCAAAAGCAAGAGCAGCUGGCCUUGCUUCAGCACAUUGAAGAGCAAAGGAUUCAACUUGAGGUUGACUUGCUGAGGGCCCAAAUGCAAGACCUGGAGGGAGAUGUUAAGAAGGAGCAGGAGAAAAGAGCAGCACCGUCUCAGGCCAUUCAGACAAAUGACCAGGACCCUGUUAUGAACCAGCAGCAGAAAACAGAACUGAAGUUUGAAACUGUCGCAGGAACACAAGUGGCCAGCAGUUCUAGAGAAGAUGAUCAUAUACAAAUGAUCCGUGACUACCAGCAGCGUCUUCUUGUGCAAAACAGGAUGCACAAAGAGUCAAUUGAUGAAGCCUGGAAACGAUUACAGGAGUAUCAGAACAAGCUAAAACAAAGAUACGCAUCAGUUUCCGCGGCAUUGUUUGGUCCUGCUGCUGGAGGCUUUAAACGCCUAAGUUCUGUCCCUGCACCGUCGUCGUUGUCACAAGGACCUGAUGCCUCUCAGAGAGCUGGUCAUUUGCUAUCUACGAAUGCUUCCGUGGAAGAUUUUGCACGGGCUGUUGGGUAUUCAGAACUUCCUCGGAGGUUGGAAGAGCCCUCAAAGAACAAGGACGCAGAGCAAAGGCUCGAUGUGGGCAGUCGGGAUUGCAUCCAGACAAUGGAUGCCCAGGUUCAGCCGAGUCCUUUUGAGUCCUCCCAGAUUUCUGGUUCACACAAAGAGACAGAAAAAGCGAAUCUAGUGGAGACACCAGCCACACAGGGAUUAGAAUUCCAUGGCAUUCCAGGAUUAGUCAUUCUUAAGACUCAGGAUAUUUCUGCUAAAAUGCAGCCUAUUCUGCCUUUGCAGCAGGUCCAGCCUGCUUUGCCCACAGACACAUCUCCUGGGUCUUCAGAAACCUUCCAUCCUUACAAAUCAGAAACUUGUGGAGCUCCCGCAGAAGAGACUCAGUCACCAGCUUCUUUAAAACACAUGCUGGCAGCAAACAGAGCAGCGUUUGACCAGCCUCACCGCCCUCCUGUUCAGCCUUUGCCUCCCCCUACAGCCAGUGAACCUGGGAGGCCGCAGGAAUUAGGAACCAAAAGUGGCUCCUUGUCCAGUUAUUCUGAUAUAGUGGAAUUAAGGGACAGGAUGCUGGCUUCCUCCAAGAGCAUUGAGGCUCAGCAGGAGCACUUGAAAGAGCUGCAAGAACAGCUGGAUGAACAAAGGGAGGCUCUUCUUGCUCGGCAGAGAGUGCAGGAGGACUUGCUCAUGCGCAAGCAUGCUCAGUUGAAGAAACAGAUGGAGCAGCAGCAAGAGGCUUUAAAGGUCUUCCUUCAGCAGGCAGGGCAGUCCAGCACAUAUGGAGAGGCGACUCCGCAGGCCCCAGAGCCUCGCAGCUUCAGACUGUUGGCAACACUCGCUAAAGAAGCAAACUUUGAUGACCAAGAGGAGACCGAGUGUGGCCCUACAAGCAGCCCCACCGAAGAGGAGUUUGUGUUUUCAAGCACGGGUUCGUCACAGCAGAUUGACCCAUUUCAAAGUACGUGGGAAAGAGAACCAAAAUGGCGACCUUCAAAACCACCUUUGGCAAAAGUCAAGCUAGGCCUUGAUUUGGAACAGCAUGAACUUAGCACUAUACAGGAGCUUGACACACCAAGGAGCAGCAGGCUUUCUGGUACAGGUUACAGAGAAUCUCUUCCUGGAGACACUUUCUUCACAUUGCAGGCUGGCAGGCUUCAGUCUCGUGAUCACCCAGAUGAAUCCCUCCAUGAAGAAAUCGAUCUCUUAAGAAUUACAGCGGAUGCCAAAGGCGAAAGUUCUAGUGAAAGUCUCAGCAGCCAUUUGAGUCAAUCAUGGCAUGAUAAAUGGUUGACAGAUGCAAGUAACUUGUGUGACCCAGUUCACCCGAGAGAACAUUCUUUCACGGAUCAAGGUUUCCUACGUUACGCUGCUGAUAUUGGAAAGCGACUAGCUCUGUAUCCCAAUUCAUCAUUUAGACAAAAUAAUACGGUAGCGCUUAAUACAGCAAGGUCCCCCGGAGCGCGGCCAUCAAGUCCACAGACUCCAGCGCAAGGGGCAGCUUGUAGCUAUUUGUCUUCGUCUACUAUUUCUGCUGCCAGCAUUGUAAGCAACGAAAAGCUGGACCGAAGCUUUGCUAGCACAGGGUUGUCUUCACCUAGAAAACAGCUUGGGUGUCUUAGCUCUCCUGCGGAAGAGAAGGCAGACACCACUUGGAGCUCUUCAGCUUUUUCACUGUAUAAGCAGGAUGCUGCCACUGAAGCUCCAGAUUCACAUUUUCCUUUUGGAGAAAGUCUUCACUCAGACAGUAGAAUCCAGCAGAUCAUAAACAAAUAUACAAGAAGUUUGAGCCAGUCUCUAAGCAACUUAUCUUCUCAUGAUCUAACCGUUGGAGUUGAUGUUUCAAAUACUGAGAGAAACUCUCCUGCGGAACUUUUUCAGCCUUUGCAGCCCAGUCCAGACUUUGAUGACUUUUUACCUCUUUCUGAACAUGGGUUCUCUCAUGGGAGCAAGAGCCUCAGCAAGAGUUCAGAUUUAUCCAGGAGUCAUGAAUUACCAGUUUCCAGCUCAGAAGAACGUAGUAUCAGCCUUUCUCUUCUCGCUGUAGAAAAACAAAGCAAUACUCUGCAAACAAAAGAGGCUGACGAGGAGACAGAAAAGCAAACUGAAGAACUUUCUAGCAUAAAAAUGGAUGCUUCAGUGUUUCAACCAGAUGUCGAAGGCUUUUUUGAAUCUCUGCUCGUGAAAAGUUCAAGCGAGCCUAGCCACAGUGCUGACAAAUCCAUGGACUUCAUCACUUCGUCUGAACAUGCAACGUUUGAGCAAAUGAGCAGAUCUAUGGAGAAUAUGUAUAUCUCACCUGACCGUGAGGCAAUGGAAGGAGGGGAGGAGAGGAUCAAUCCCCUUUCCCCCGUUGAAAGCUUCCGUAGCGCAGCCCUGAGUCCCGUAGAAGAUUGUGGCUCAUUUUAUCAGCUCAUUCCUGAUAACGGUUUACAGAAAACUGCUCUGGGGAUGACACUUUCUGUAAAAGAGGAUGUGGUAUCCAGAGAAAAGGACCUGUGUUUUGCUGAACUGCCCAUGGCCUCAACUGACCCAAAGCACGAGGCAGUACCAGAAACUGUAAUUAUGAAUGAAGACAGAAAAAUGAAUCACUUUCAAGGUGUUUCAUAUCCCGUCAGAGAACAUAGUUCUCUACAAACUGAGACUCUGCUGAAUUCGGCUCAAGAAGCAAGUUCUGAAGUCUCCGUCCGUCCUGUACAAAAUUCUGUGCACCAAAGUGGCUGUUUGCUAGAUACACUUCAGAGGUCGUCCUCAAGUGCCACUCAUGUUAAAAGCUUUGAUUCCUGUUUAUCGCAGAGCGACAUACCAGUCUGGGAGAGGCAGAUGGGGAGGGGCAUCAUGGAGGAGCCUGACUUGACUCUAAUCAGCUCCAAUGAUGUCAGCAUUGCCAGCUCAGACUUGGAACUUCUUAAACAAAGAGGAAGCGGAACAGAAGAAACAGGACGCCUGUCACGUAGGAAUCAUUCUGAAAGCUGUCCAGAGAGUGGAGAGUUUUUACCUUUAAAUGCAGAAGUGAACGACUCUAUUUCCACUCAACGUGAGUGUCCUGGUCGAAGUCCCAAAGAGGAUUGCUAUCAAAACCAAAAGCCAGAAACAAUGCUUUUAGAGUUUCCAUCUGCCCCCGGCAGCUUACAAGAAUUGUUUCUGAAACGGAAGAAAAAAUUCAUUGAGGGAUCAUCUAAAAGGCUAGAGAAAAUUAAAAGCAGAGAGCAGUGUUCUGCAAAGCCUCCGCUGAAGGCCCCCCCACAGAAACCAACAAAAUGUCACAAACCAAAAGAGAACUUGCCUCCCUCUGGAGCAGCUGCGAGUCAUUUGAAGAAAGUGGUGGAAGUCAAAGUGUGCUCUGUGGAGGACAGGAAGACGGCAGAAAUGGAAAUGCAUCAGCGUACUUCAAGAUUGUAUAAUAAUCUAAACGAAGUGAAAAUCCGCAAGGAAGAGAGAGAGAGACGAGAAAUUUAUGCCAAAAACCGGGAGAAGGCAAAGGAAUUUCAGAAGAAAACACUGGAAAUACUUCGAGCCAAAAAAACACGUUGAAGUAGACAAUCUUGAAAAUGGAAGUUCAGUACAGGGUUAAAGGAAGAGGUCAACUUUGCAGUAAUUUAAUUAUGUACAUAUUAAUUGCCAGCUUUUGAUACUUAGAAUUUAAAUUGCCUUUGCAUAAUGGGGCAGUUUAAGCAGAUCAUCAGUACAGACUGAUUUGUUGAUUGGUUUGCUUCAAUUAUGGCUUUUUAACCAGACUGUAUAUAGUUUAAUGUAGCACAUGAUUUUUACCUUGUUUUAAUAAAAUUAACAUUUGGAAUUUG